AUGAGGAUCUCCCUGUGCGCGGCGCUCCUGGGCCUGCUAUGCGGGCUAGCGAACUGCCGGAAGGGCCUGAACUUCGACCAGAUAAUCAAGUACCUAAAGGAAACAAAGGUGAUCGCCGAAAAUAUCCCAGACACCCUGGAAGAUGCCAUCCAAAUAGUGCCCCCCUACCUCAUAUACAAGUACAAAGGGAAGGUCUACUACCUGCACAAUAAUGUGGACAUUACCCCUGUUGAGGAGAAAAGACCUGACCCGGUUUUCCCCAUGCCAGAGAACGAGUUGGAUGCUAUGAGUCCACUGGAGUGUCACCCGAUGGUGCCGGGAAGUGCUGCUGCGGGGUCUGGUACACCACAUCAAAGCGCCUCUUCAGGGGAGGCAGUCGACACGAUACAAAUGGUCAUGGACGAAGACACAGGAAUUAUGGUGCCAACGAAUACGAAGGAGAUCAUAGAGAAGGAGAAACUCACCACAGAAGUGUUUAGCAUCCCGAAGGACCCACAGUGGAGCGCCGAAGAAAAGGAAAAAAAUGCAAACGUGUAUCUAUUUGGAAAGGAAAACAGCACAGUGUAUAAGGUGACGGAAAUUAUAAAGUACAUAGAAAGUAAAGACAUGUGCAAAAACAUCCAAAUGGGUUACGAGCGAUUUUAUAGUAAAGCCCCAUCGUAUGCUGACGAAUUGGGAGGAGCCACAGAUGAGAAGACGCCCAAAGUUGUGCACAACGUAGACAUGAAAGAUUACUCCUCCUUUUUGACCGCCUUACAUAUUCUCUUUAGGAAGGACGAAGAAAUAGGAGGCAAGAAAAUUUACAAAAUAAAUAAUGUGCCCAAGACGGAUCUACAGCUAUUCAUUAAGCAGGCCUACAAGAACAUUCACGACACGUUGAAAAACUACAUUGCUGUGUCUGGGUUCAGCUUCUACGAUUAUAGCUACGACGUGGGUUCUUUUUCCAUAGAUGUGUUCAUAAACGAUUUCUUUUUCCUUUCCAGUAGUAACAAUAAAGACAGGGGCACCUUCAAAAAUGUCACCUCGAGCAUCAAAUACGCUUCCACCGCGAAGGAUAAGCUGAGUGUCUACAAGAUAGAGAAGGCGAUUAAGGAUUUCUUGGCCGAAUCGAAUCUCCGCGUUUUAGACCUCAAGCUAAUUCAUCACCUCUUUUCCAGAAACUUCAUCCUCAACUGUACCGAAAAUGACAUGAUCGAUUUUGUCACCAACCUUGUAAACAUCACAGGGGUGGACAUCUCCCCCCGGAUCGGAGCCACCAUCUUUGCCUACCUUCUUCAAAAAGUGAACAUAUUUCUAAUGCCUAGUUAUCCCACCAAAACGAGAAGUGGCUACCUGCUCUUUAGGGAGAACAACGAUUUGCUCUUCAUCGUGGAGUCCAUCUACCGAGACAUCUUCAAAAAUUUCUACCGCAUUGGUAGCUCACAUGGGGACCUUCCCAACGCUCAAAAUAUGGACAAGGUGCUAGCCACCACCCCAUGGGUUCAGAAAAUUUAUCCCCAUUUUGCCAGCACCUACGAUUUCUUAAGCAUGAAAUAUGGAAUCGCUCUCUUUUACAACACGUACCACAUGGCGGUGAACUUCUUCCAGGGGGACACCCAGAUGAAGCAGAUUCUGCUCGAGCAUAAGGACUCCAAGAAGGUGGACACGUUGGACAAAUUUCUCAACGAAGUGGUGGCGCUCUUCCCCCUGGGUUCGGGCGGCUCUGCGUGGCCCGCCUCCCUCCUGUCCAUGGCCCAGGUGGAAGAGAAGCCGCGCGGGCGCCUCCUCAGCGGAGAGACAGGCGAUGACGGCGGUGAUUACGGCGGCUACUACGACAGCGUGUACGGCGGCGAUUACGACAGCGACGACGACGACGUGCCCGACGACGAGGACGACGAAGAGUCGAAGGAAGCGAAGGAGGCGCAGGAGGAAAACACCGCGGAUGAAAACCACGCAGAUGUGUACGCACGGGAAAAAAACAAAUACAAUGAACUCAGGCAGAUUGUCGAGGCGGAGCUCAUAAAGGAAAGAAAGGCAUACGCGCAACAGAGGAACGAAGAAGAGGCAAGGAAAAAAAAAGAAGAAGAAGACAACAUCGCAGAGACGGAUAAGAAACACGAAUUGGAGACCCAAAAAUUGGAAGCGGAAGAAGAAAAAUCAGAACCAGAUGACGAUCAGAAAUUUGAAAGGGAAUAUCAAGCAGGCCUUGCAGAAGAAAAGGAAUAUGAAAGAAAGAGAAAAGAAGAAGACCUACGAAACGGAGUGGUGAGAAAACCCGAUCGAGAGAACGAAACCCCAGAAUCGUAUUACUAUACCAACUCUAUUAACAUCCUGCAUGACCAAAUGAAAAGAGUCUACGAAAAAGGAGUCGAUUCUGGCUUCCAAGUGGUAGCAGAAAUUGAAGCAAAACUCAGGCAGGUGUACAAAUCGCUCAAAAAAAAAGGAGUCCCCGAUUAUGAAAAGCUGAAGGAGCAGGUAGUCAAGGAGAACGAAAAGCUCUUCGAAGACUUAAGCGCCAAAGUGAAGAACCAAGAAAGCAAAAAAAAAAACAUACUCGAGUAUAAGGCGGACAUCGACACGCAACUGGACAAAAUGAUGGCCAAAGGUGAAGACGGCAUGUACACCAUCACCGCAGGACUCAUUAUGCAGAAUUUUAAAAAAUAUCAAAAGGACCUCAUGGAAGAAUGCGGAAAGAGGUUUUAUGGCAAAUUUAGAAUAUCCCUUGGGACGAGAAAAAAAACCAUACUGAACCAAUUUAGGGAGGCCCUCAUGUACUCUAUCCGAGUGAUGCAGGAUCUAGCUCCCAGUUACGAUGAGGCAGAAUAUACAAAGACCUUCACCAAAAUAUAUAAGACCAAAAAGGAUUCCUACAAAGUGGAGUAUGCCAAGGCUAGGAGGAUCAUUUCAAAAAAUAUGGACAUUGCUUUUAGGAAGCAUAUCAAAUUGCACUACGAGGAGAAAGACGCCAUCAUUAGGAACGAGCUUCAAAUCAUUCGCCAGCAAGUUAUAAACAAACUUGACGAAAUAUUCCCGGAGCUUUACAAGGACCUCCAUGUGGAAGUCCUAAUCGACUUGGAGUCCAUCAAAAAUGAGAAGCUAAAAAUGAAGAAAAAGGUUUUCCAAAUUGUGAGGCAAAAUGUUAACUACCCCAACGAUUUGAAGCUCCUGGAGGGAAGCUUGGCCAGCUACAAGACGGACGAAACCCCGGAGGGGAAGAAGAAGAAGGAGGCGCUCAACGCGGAGAUUGCCACGCUAAAGCAGAGAAUCGAAAAGAACAAAGCGGAUACCGCAAAUCUUAGAACCCAUUUUGAAUCCAUUUCGGAGAAGUACCAACAGGUGCUCAUCAAAAUGGACGCCAUAGACCACCUGGAAAAACGCUUCAGACUCUUCCGCUUUGAAAUAGUCAAAGAGCACAAAGACUGCAAACUGCACAUAGAUGCGCUGGUGCCCCUUUCGGACAAAGACGCAGGGGAGUACAGGCGCAUGGAGGACCUCACCAAGGAACUGCUCAACGAUGUGGACCAAAUCAAUUACGACAUUGACGAAGCGAGGCUCCUCCUCCACGCCCUCAAAAUUAAGAAGAAGCACGUGGAGUUGGACAUACAAAUCGGUGAAAAGCUCCACAAAAUGGAGAAAAAUGAGCAGAUUAGCUCGAAAAAUGAUGCAAAGAGGGAAGAACUGAAGGAGAUAGUCACCAACAUUGAGAAUGAAGAACACAAGCGGGAAAAGCUCUACAUCAGGAGGGACGUCUUCAUGAAGGACCUCAACUUCGUCAUCAGUGAUAGUGAGAAGGACCCCCCAGAAACGGUAAAGUUUCUACUCCCCCAACUUGUAAAAAAAACAGACAAGAAAAAUUUAGAAACUUUUAUGAUAGAAAUUAUGAUCGAAACGGAUAUAGAAAAUAAUGCACUCACCAAAAUGAUAAAGACGUUUAAUGAAGACGUCCUCUUCUACAAGUACCACAUCAUCAACACGCAAGACUAUUUGAGGCUGCCAAAUGAUGAGAAGAACAUCGACGAGAAGUUCUCCGCCCAGUUGGAUAGAAACGAGAAAAUGUUUGCGGAAAAGUUGGAGAGCUUCCGAAAGGAACUCAAAUCGUACAAGCAGCUGGUGAAAAAGCAAGGGGGUGGAAAGCAGCCUGGUGCUCUCACCUACCUCAAGAGGAACAUUGCCCAUUUGAAGAACAUGAUACAUUCUCUGCGGAAUGGAGUUCAUAUAGUAGACUUCAGCUACAUUUUGACAAACCCAGAUUUUUUCCAAAGUGGGGGUAUUAAAAAUGAGGAUAGAGAAAGCGAACUGGCACAUACUGCACUGCUGAAGAGAUACUUCGCUUUGAACUCGCUAGGGAAGGUACUCACAGAUACGCAGAAUAAGGCAAUCCACUUCGGCAUCCACUACAGGUACACAUCAGAUAAAGUCCUAUGGUAUCUAGCCAUCCUGAAAAAGUACAUCGAAAGAGCCGAAAUGGUGUAUAAUAACUCCUACGAUGCGGCGAAGAAGUCUAGGCUGAAGUUAGCAGAGUUUAUAGACAGUCGGGCCAAUGCCGCUUUGGACGAACCGGUGCUUCUCCAAUACGGGGGAGACAUCUGGGGAGGCUCGUGGGGAUUCUCCUGGGGGGAAGCCGCGGACAAGCAGAAGUACCUGCGCGUGAUGAAGAAGGAGCAGACCUUCCCCUACAAGUUGAAGGAAAUCAAAGACGUCUACGUGGUUGACAAAAUUGUGAAGGACAAACUGGUGCGGACGGGGAAGCUGGACUCCCUCAAGGACUACAUGCACGUGAAGGUGUACAACAUCGUGGAGGUGAAGGGCCCCCCCCUCACGCUCUUCGAUAAGGAGGAGCUGACCAGCUUGAAGCUGCUCACCCCGGAGGGGCACAUCGCGCCGGGAAGUGUGAAGAAUUACCUGACCCAUUUGGGGUUCACAAUGAAGGGGGGGGAGCCCAAUAUCGAAGCUACCAAUUGGGAGGCCCACUUACCCGCCAUCCUCCAAACGGCGGCGGACUACCUCAAACAGAGCAGCCUCAGCUACGACGCCAUUUUGGAGGUGCUGAAAUAUUUGAAGGCCACCCCCAACGCGAUCAACGUGCGGGACAUCAUCACCCUGAGCGAAAUAAUUCUGGACAACUCCAACGUCUUCUUCGUGAAGCAGGACACGCUGAGCAUUUACAUCCUGACCCUUUUGGAGCUCCUCGGGGUGCAGGUCAAGAUGGACGACAUACAGAAAAGGGACCGCAAAAGCAGGGUGAUGACCUACCUGAGCAUUUUAAAAAGCCACUACAAGCGGGCAACCAUUAGGGACGAGGUGAAGAAGCACGUGCUGCAAUUCCUAAGGCCGAGCGACGCCUUCCCGACGUUGCAGUACAACCCCAAGCUGCACGAGUUUCUGCUAUCCGUGCAGCAGAGCUUGGAUGGGAACCCAACACUGUAUGAAGCAUUCAAAAAGGAAAACCCCCAAUUUGCGACCGAGCUGUUAGGCGGUAUAAAGAAGGGGCUGGACGAAUUCGUGGAUUAUUUCUUCGCCAAGGUAGCUACAUCCAGUCCGGACCACUUUAUGUCCCCAUACUAUCACGUGCAGGAUUACACAGAAGAGGAAAGAAAGAAACUCAGUAUUAGUUCGUAUAACUACCGGUACAUUGACCUGAACCAGAUGUUAACAUUAUUUUUUUAUUUUGUAAAUCCAGACCUUCGAAAUAUGCUGAACGAGUACUCCAUAAAAGCAAGUUUGACUUGUUUAGAAAAAUUCCCCUCCUUCGACUUUAAGGACCUUUUUUCCAUCACGAGUGACGUCCAGCUGAACGAUCUGUUUUUACAAAAAAUUGGGAAAUUUCAAUACGAACGUGUCCAAUCGCUGGUAUACAUGUGGAGGUACUUACUGCACCCAGACAAUAAGGACUUCUUCACCUACGAGAAGGUCAGUUCUGUCGUGGAACGAUACUUUUCCGGUGCCCUAUUUGAUGACAACACUCGGGCGAUGCUCUCCAAAUUGGUCUACUCCUUUCUCGCCAGAAUAUCCUACCACACCGUGUCUUAUUUUGACAUCCAGAUGGAGCCCCUCCUCAAUAACAGCGACAUUAAGCUCAUUUCCCUCUUCCAUAACAUCCUCAAUAAGUUAAACUUCAUUCUUUACUGCACUAAUGAGAAGCUGUACCUGGAACGAUACUCCCCGGCGAACCUCCUCUCGUAUGGUAGGCCCUUCAAAUUGGACGCGGUGAAAAUCUUUCACCAGUUUGUGCACUCCCUCCCCCAUUAUUUGCGCUCUCACAUUGUUAACUUCUUCGAGACGGACUUUGCCGAAGUGACGGAAAACCUGUUGGUGGAUCUCUUCCACCAGCUUGAGUCCCUCCUGGAUAGCAACAGCAGCUCCUUCGAAACGGAGGAGGAGAACAAACUGGAGACCUUCUUCAAGCUGAACCACCUCUUCACCAAAAGUAAGAACGUCACCGAUGGGAACUACCAGUCGAUGCUGCAAGAUAACCCGCACUUUAAGGACGCAAAAAUUAUCCUCAGCAGGAGGGUCAAGUAUGACCAUGUUCAUAAGAAAAGCCUCUUCCAGGAGAACCUCCACUUGAAGGACCUCUUCGACGAGCAGUCAUUCAAAAUGUUGCUUCAAACUCUCACCAAAGAGGAAAUCACCUUUGACGAGCUGAACCAAAAGUUUAAGGACUUCAUGACCAGGAAGAAGCUGCUUUUCCCCAAAUUUGACAUCAUGAAAGAGAAAAUUACCACCUCGGUAGAUGACCUCUUCUACAUGAAGGUUUAUAAACACCUUUACGACUUCUUUCAAAACAUCCAUGUGACGCAGCCCAUCCACGAUUUGUACUUCCUCUUUGUGAAAGUUCUCCUGGACUAUUCCGUUCUCCCCUUCAAAUUCGCCAACGACCAUGUGCAGGAGCAGCUCAACAUACAGCUUGGACGCAAGUACCAGAAGUAUGUGCACUUCCUAUCGCAGCUCUUUCCCUGCCUCUUCAAUUUCUACCACUACGAUGAUACAGUGGACUGCCAACCCUUUGGCAACUACAUCCGUGAGGAGGAGUUCUCCCCCGAGCAGAAGAUGCUAAACAUUUUGCAAUCCCCCUUUGUGCAACACCCCGAGAAGGUACAGAACAACCAAAUCAAUUUUGACUACCACAUAAAUGAGGAGGACCUAUUCCUAGAUUUCAUCAAAGAGUUCAUUCCGGAGAGUGAAAAAAUGGAUCAGAAGCAGCUCCAAGUGGAGUCCUUCAAAAUUAGAUACUUCGUUACGGAAAUUUCUAAAUUUGUCAUGCGCACUGUUAUGUCUAAGAUGCCACCCUCCUACAUCUUCAACAUGGGUUACAAGGACUUUUACAUUAACGUAGACGAUGUAGUUAACAAUCUACAGCCUUUCUUCGAACAGGUUCGCAAGGCUAAAGCUCCAUCCGAUCAGGUCAAUUCCCCCUACGCGGUCAUCAGUGGUACUAUUGCCAACUUUAUGGACGCCAAUAAUGAAGAAGCCGCUUCCUUCCGCUUUCAAAACAUCAAGUUUUACCUGAACAGUCAUGUAACGCAGCUCUUCCUGCAGAAUAACAUGUCCUUUAAGUACUUCCUGGAGUUCAUCAAAAACAUUGACAAGUUCAAGACCUUCUUCCCGUCCCUCUCCGAGCUGUACGUCUUCGUGGACAGGCACGUCAACAUCAUCAACGCGAUCACCCACCCCAACUUCACCGAGCGCGUCACCACGCAGCGCGUCAUCCAGCUCUUCGUCGACACCCUCAAGAACUUCGGCCUCGACCUCUACGGGGUUUAGCCGAACAGCGGCAAAGCGGCAGUUUGCAACUUUUCUGAGAUACGCUGCAGCUAUUUUGCGGCUAUCUUGCGGCCGCCCCGAUUUACGAGAACGACGCCCAUUUCGGCCGCUUAUUUUCACCACCCCUGAGAACGCAACUUUUUCUGCCUCCCCACAGAUGAGCCAAAAAAGGGGCAUCGCAAAAAAAUAAAAUAUAAUAUAAUAAAGUAAAACCAAAUAACCACUUUAAUGUUAACAGUUUCGCCA